AUGGCGGUCAAGGUCCUCUGGGCGCCUCCACGGAAUUCAGGUAAAUUCGACAAAUUUUACUUGAAGCUGAAGCGGGAGGUGGAAACCAUGGCUCACCUCCAUCAUCCACACAUUAUCAAUAUGAUUGCCUCAAAAGGCUGGGACAGUGAAGCUCCCAUGAUCUUCAUGGGCCUCAAGGACGGAACCGUGACUCAACUGUUCGAAAGUGAUCGUCCGCCUGAUACGACCACUGCCUAUCUCAUCAUCCACCAUGUACUACAGGCACUAGACUACCUUGCGAUAAAGAAUCUUGUACACCGCGACGUGAAGCCUGACAAUAUUUUCUUCGACAAGAUGGGUCAACGUGGCCAAUUUUGCUUCGUCCUCAGCGAUUUCGGCCUCAGCAACAACGCCAUCCAGGCAGAGACCCCAGCGGGGAGCCCCUUGUUCAUGGCACCAGAAAUGCUCACUUCGAACGAUCAGACAUCCAAAGUUGACGUCUGGUCGCUCUUCGUCACGAUGCUGUGGAUCCUAGAUAUCGAAGGCUUUCGCAAUGUUUCAACCGUAUUGUCAGGCAAAGGGAAAACCGUUCAGCAAUUCGUGUGUGAAAUGUCUCAGUACCCUUCCAUCUCGGGUAUUAGCGAAAUGGUGAGGGACAACCCGGUGGAGCGUGCCAGUGCCGCACACAUGCUUGUCAAAUGUUUCGAUGGGGACGGACUCAGCACACCGAGACGGAAGAUUAAGGCUCUACCAACUCCGACUCAGUCAGUAGCCGGCCAGUCGCAAGUCGUGGCGGCGUCAGCGGCAGGGUCACAAUAUAGCAUGGCUGAUCAGAGCCAACGACAGCCUGGGUACUCGGAAAAGAUGGACUGGCUACCGUCGGUGGCCGCUGCUGUUCAGCCAGAAAGAGCAAACUUUACGGACAAAUGCUGA